AUGGGCGAAUCUACAAGAGGGCAAUAUGCCAAGGUUUUCUUCGCCGUCAGCGCGUAUUGGGUCUUCUCCAUCGGCCUCGUCUUCCUCAACAAGUAUUUAUUAAGUGGACAAGACCAACUCGAUGCGCCGCUCUUCGUCACCUGGUACCAAUGCGUUGUGACGGUGGCGCUGUGCUUUCUACUCUCAAAGCUCAGCCAGUCCUUCCCGAACACCGUCCACUUCCCGAAGAUGUACCUCGACCAGAAGCUGUCCCGCGAGGUGCUUCCGCUCUCUAUCGUCUUCGUCGGCAUGAUCGGCUUCAACAACCUGUGCCUGAAGUACGUCGGCGUCUCUUUCUACUACGUUGGACGGUCAUUGACAACAGUAUUCAACGUGAUCUGCACCUACCUGAUCCUCGGGCAAAAGACGUCGGGCCGCGCGAUCGCCUGCUGCGGAUUAAUCAUCGGCGGCUUUUUCCUGGGCGUUAAUCAAGAGGAUGUCGCCGGCUCGCUCUCGGUCUCCGGCGUCGUCUACGGGGUGUUGGCGUCGCUUUGUGUGGCGCUGAACGCCAUCUACACAUCGAGAAGUCUCUCCUGUGUCGGCGACUCUAUUUGGCGGCUGACGAUGUACAACAAUCUCAACGCUAUCUUCCUCUUCUUGCCACUGAUGUUGUUUAGCGGUGAAUUCGGGACCGUUGCCUUCUUCCCGGGCCUCUUCUCGCACACUUUCUGGACGUUGAUGACAAUUUCCGGGGUCUUUGGCUUUAUGAUGGGCUAUGUGACCGGGUGGCAGAUUCAGGCAACAUCACCUCUGACGCACAACAUCUCCGGCACGGCCAAGGCGGCUGCGCAGACGGUGAUGGCAGUCACCUACUGGAGCGAGGUCAAGCCGUUUUUAUGGUGGUGCAGCAAUGUCGUUGUGCUGUUCGGCUCGGCGUUGUACACGUGGAUCAAGAUGCUUGAGAACCGACGACGUGUCGUCGACCCGCCCGCCCGGAAACCCGAUCAGCAACGGCUGCUGUCGCGCAACGACGAGGGCGAUGAAAGUGCCGUU